AUGGACGGACCAACGUAUUCCGGUGGCUUCUUCACCCUACCCUAUUUGGGCAAACUCUUGCUUCCCCGUUCGCCAGUCUCCAAUACCGGCGGUCUGGAUGGUGUAGAGCAGACGCUGACCGGUCGGUAUCUUGCGGCGCUGAGCGACAUGAUGUUGGCCAGCGACGCCUACCUCGAGGACGUCUACUCAGGACCCUGGGCACUGGCCGAGUUGAGCAUCCGCGACUCGCAACAGGUGGCCGUCUACUUCCGCACCUCAAGCCGACACAAUGUCACCCUUUCUGCCGAGGUCUUCCCCACCGACCGGCUCGUCUUCUGCCAGUGCUAUUGCGUGGAGGUCGUCACUCCGAGGACGCCAGCCACUUCCGGCGGCGGCGGCGGUCUGGCCGGAUUUCGGCCAGGUCUCUGCUAUGCCUACCUGCGCAAGGCGACAGAACGACGGUGCCAAGUGCCCGAGGCGAGUCUACAAAAGAUCGAGGCCAGACUGACCGACUGGCUAUUGCGGAACUCACAUCUGCCUCGACCGCCUCUCGUUGUACUCAUGGCCGAGGCCAAAAGGGCUUCUGCAGGCCCGGCCAGACAGAACGAAGCCCAUCUCUUUCUGGCGCCUUGUCUGACGAUCGGCCGGGAGGUCGUUAAGCGCAUUUGCCGUUCGGCCGGACUGACCAUCGGGCAGUACCGAUGGAUGAUGCCAACACUGGCCCACCAUCAACAGCAGACGGCCAUGGCUAUCGGCUCUAACCGAGUCUCUCCAGACCUGAUGGAGCGGUGCGCACCCUCGCAUCUCAGACUUCCAGAAAGCGCAUAUUUUAAGGGCGCCUACUCGAGCGGCACGAAAUCCCAAUGGCAGGGCUCGGUUGGAGAGAAUCUUCACCUACAACCUCUACAUUGCCCACAUUGUCGGCAAUUCCAGCACAAUCCGGCCCAUCCGAUCACGUUCCAUCGUCAUGACAACUAUGCUCGUCCGACAUACCCCCUACUGCAAGCUAAAAGUGGUUUGCCAUUUGAACAUGGCCUCGGAAGGUCUCCGUCGCCAUGUCUAGCACCGGCUAGGAUGCCGCCGUCAUCCUUGGAGCCUGGCAAUCCCGACGGAUGGACAAACAGCUUUUCCAGAUCGCUAGAGGAAUUGCGCCAUCCCAAGGAGUCGUUAGGCUCUUAG